AUGUUUUUAUUGCAAAGACAAGCUCUGACAUUAUCGUUUAAUGGUCUUAGAGCGAAAGCUUUAUGUCGUAACAUAUACCAAAAAACAGCCGAGACUGCUGCAUAUAAUAGGAAUAAUAGGAGUACUUUAAUGAGAUAUGUUAUAGGAGUUGUAGGUGUAUCUGGAGUAGGAGGAGGAAUAUUAUAUUAUUAUCUUCAAGGAGAAAGGCAACAAACAUAUAAUUCCUCAUCAUUGAACGAUAAUGACGAUGAAAGGAUGAGAAUUAAUCCGAUUAUAAGGUCGCCGAGAGAGGCAACAACAAAAUUACGAGAAAAUCAGGUAUCAUUUUCGUUACAAAGAAAUAACGGAGUAUGGAAAUAUGAAUCAAAUCAAUUAGGAUCAAAUUAUCCAAUAGAAGAUAUGAAAAGUGUUAACUUUGAAUAUCCUAAUUCAGAAAAAUCCGCAUUUGGAGACAGAUUAUUUUUUGGCAUAUAUGAUGGACAUUCAGGAUGGAAUACAUCUAAAUUAUUAAGUGAAAAAUUAAUACCCAGAGUAAUAAAACAUUUAGAUAAAGCUAUUGAAGGAUAUGGAGAAUAUUCAAAUUUAAUAUCGAAUAAGCAAGAAUUAACUAAAAAAGCGAUAGAAAAAGCAUUUGUAGAAGUAGAUGAUGAUAUCUUGAUUUAUUCUACAAAUAGGUUAUUAAAUAUUUCACCAAAACCAGAUGAAGGACUAAAUUACAUAGAUGAAAACUUAUUGUCAGCAUUCGCAGGAAGUUGCGCAAUUUUGGCUUAUAUUGACACUACUGACAAAGGUUUAUAUAUUGCGUGUACAGGAGAUUCAAGGGCUGUGCUUGGUGUAAAAGAUGAUGAUGAAAAAGGAGGGAAAAAAUGGAAAGCUGUUGCUUUAAGUGAAGAUCAAACUGGAAGAAGUGAAAAGGAAGUUAAAAGAUUAAAUAAAGAGCAUCCGGGGGAAGAGGGGAAUAUUAUAAUAAAUGGUCGAAUAUUUGGUGGAUUGGAACCGACAAGAUCAUUUGGUGAUUCAAAAUACAAAUGGAAUAUGAAAAUGCAGGAAGCCGUAUUCACCAAAUUUUUUAAAAUAAGAAGAGGACUUCCUGGUGGAAGUCGUAAUAAAACUCCACCUUAUCUUACAGCAAGACCUGAAGUAACAUAUCAUAAAUUAACAGAGAAUGAUAAAUUUUUGGUAAUAGCAUCAGAUGGACUGUGGGACGAAUUAUCAAAUGAAGAAGUUAUUGAACUUGUUGGAAAAUUAUUAGAAGGUAAACGGGAAAUGAUUAACGAAGAAAAAAAUAAUUUUUCUGAAGACGAAUUAAAAUAUGAAAAUAAUAUGCAAGAAAAAGUUUUUACUUUUGUUGAUGAAAAUGCUUCUACACAUUUAAUCCGUAAUGCACUUGGGGGAGCGAAACAAGAUCUUUUAUGUGCUUUAUUAUCUCUUCCAUCUCCCAUUUCAAGAAGAUUUCGUGAUGACAUCACAGUGACUGUUGUAUUCUUCGGUCCAGAUUAUCAAACGAACAUUAAAGAAUUACAAUAA